CAAUUGGGUGAUGUCCCUUGUUAGUCAAAAACAACGAAUUCGAUACGGUCCCUAAUAAAUUAAUCUCUACAAACAUUCAGAAUGAAGCUAUGUUUAUUCUCUGGAUUCCCAAACUUUUCCUAGCACGAACACCCACGUCGAGUGGCUUUAACAAUAUAAGCUUUGUCUAUUGUACAUGAUCGCACGCUCAGAUAGUUUAAAUUUCGCUCUUAAUUUAUGGUCAUCGAUAUAACAAAGUACAGAUGCGCUCUGUAAAUAUUCUCACGGUCGUGUCGCCAUACUAUACUGACUAUAUUCAGGAUGAUAACAAGUACGCUCGCGUUACAAUAUAAUAUAAAUAUAUGUUAGGUGAUGGAAACGUACCGAAGUUAGCUACACUGUACGAGUGCAAUUUAUCGUUAGAAGGAUAAUCACAUGACUAUAGAUAGAAAUGUAAUCGCAUAAUUCAUCAAUUACGUCAGUAUGGCCGUCUGCUAUAUUUUGAAGUUAUACUUUCAAAACUGAGGUCUUAUUUGUAUAUAAGGUGUGAUUCUCGAGUUCAGUUGUACAAGUAAAUAAAAGAAGAAUGGUCGUAGGUGUUUUUCCCGCCCUCAAAUUGGGAGUUUUAUUUGUUAAACAAAUAAGUAAACCUUUGGCAAAAUUUCUUGUUAACCAAGCAAAAAAUCAUCCUGUAUUUAGAACAUAUUUUAUUAUACCACCUGCUCAGUUUUAUCAUUGGGCAGAAGUUAAAGCUAAAAUGUAUCUAAUGAACCUUGGUAAGCCUACGAAAGUUGCAAAAUUGAACGAAGCUAUGGCAAUAGAAUUAGGAGCAAAUUUGAUGGGCGAAGUUAUUAUUUUCAGCGUCGCCGGUGGUUGUCUAAUAUUAGAAUAUAAUCGUCAAGUGGCGAAAGAAACCAAAAAAGAAGAAGCGCGUCUAGCACAAAUACAAAAGUUUAAAGAUGACAUAGAAAGUUUAAAUAGAAUUACAUCUCAACAACAAAGCGACAUUCAAUAUCUAACGGAAGCUUGUAAAGAAUUAGCAAAAUCUACGAGACAUAGAUUACCUGAAAAAGUAAUAGUACAUGAAACGAGUCAAGAUAUAAAUGUUAACUCGAAAACAAAUGUAGAAACACAUAGUAGAGAAACUGAGAAAACGUCGCUUAUUGAGCAAGCUAUAGUAUAUUAUGAAAAUGAAGUAAAAGCGUACAAAAUCAGUUAACUAAAAUUUUAUAUUAAUCUUUAUUAAUGAAUGUGAUAGUAUCGAUAUAAUGUCGAUAAUAUUAAAACAGUAAAAGAAGAACAAUAAUUUAUAUUGCAGUGUACAUAAAUACUCCCUCACGGUAUACGCAAAAAUAUAGCAAUUUUUCUAUAUCGUUGCUGAAAAUAUGCAGUAGUUUCUAUUUAUGCUAUUAUAAGCAUAAUUCUUUUUUGUAAUAACGAGCAAAUCUGGACAUUAGAUACAUGUUUUUAGGAAAAUACAUUUUACUUAUAUAAGUAUAUACUUUUGUUUAUACUUGUACUGUCUACUUACAUUUGUUUCGG